CACACAAAUAUGUCUAGGCCUACUCGGCGGAGGACACGACCUGGUAAAAAAGCGAAAAAGAAAUUAAAUUCUUUACAGCACAAUUAUUUUUGUGGUACUUCCUGUUUAUCAAAAUGGCCGCGUUAUCAGAACCAUUGACUCUUGAAAAAGAUAUAAAUCGUGCUAUAGAAUUAUUGGAUAUUCUUCAGAAAGAUGGACAGUUUCCUGUGGCUAAACUUCAGGCACUGCAGAGGGUCCUACAAAGUGAUUUCUUACAUGCUGUAAGAGAAGUUUAUGAGAAUGUUUAUGACACUGUAGACAUAAGCGGCAGUGCUGACGUCAGGGCCAAUGCUACCGCUAAGGCAACUGUGGCUGCCUUUGCUGCUAGUGAGGGACAUGCUCACCCCAGAGUUGUCGAGCUUCCCAAGACAGAUGAAGGCCUAGGGUUCAAUGUCAUGGGUGGGAAAGAGCAGAACUCCCCCAUUUAUAUUUCCAGAAUUAUUCCAGGAGGCGUGGCUGACAGGCAUGGUGGAUUGAAGAGGGGUGAUCAACUAUUGUCAGUCAAUGGAGAGUCUGUGGAAGGAGAGUAUCAUGAGAAGGCUGUUGAACUUCUGAAAAUUGCUCAUGGAACUGUGAAACUAGUGGUGCGAUACACUCCUAGAGUGUUAGAUGAAAUGGAAGCACGCUUUGACAAACAGAGGGCAGCAAAUCGCAGACCUCCUCCUCAAUAAAAGCAUUUUUAUUGUACUAUCAGUGUAAUGUCUGAUAUAUUGUCAACUUGUAUAUUUCAUGCCUAAGUUUGUGUAUAUGUGAAAUGGUUGAGUUUUUUUUUUUAAUGUACCUCAGGUUUUUACUUAUGUUAGUGAUAAACAAAGAUUGCUUCUUAUUGUUACUUUUAUACAACUUUCUAUGAUUAUGUUUGGCUCGCCAAAUAAAAGCUUCUCUUAUGCUAUUUUGUUCAAUGUCAGAUUGUGGCCUCUACGUUGAACUAAGUUACUGAUCUGGUCAAAUAUUAGAGAUUGAAACAUUACUAAAGUGUCAAGAGCAUUUUGUCCAUCAAUUUUCGUGAAACUCUACCAAUACUAGAUCUAAUUAGAAAUAUUCAAAAUGCAGAUUGGAACACUAAUGAUAGAACAUUUUGUUUCCUACACUCAGGAACAAAUUUUUUUUUAUGUGUGAAGAUUUAAAGAUUUUAAUGAGUCUAGCUUUGACCUUUUAAAAUACUUCACUUGCAUAACAUGAGAUCUCCUUAGACUGCAGUAUCUUAGUAUUUUAUUUUAUUUUUUUUUUUUGAAAAUCAAAACGUAUUGAACUUAUACAUGGCAGGUUCUUGUGUCUUGGAUCAAUGCCCUCUGCAGUACUGUGUCACAUUUGUAUCCCUCAGAAAUACACGUGUCUAGGUCUGUUCCGUGUCUUUUUUUUUAAUCCUGUAUAUUAGAGGCAAGGGGUGGUGAGAUGAGUGUAUUUAUUUUUAUAUCAUUCCAUGGUUGUUGUUGGUUUUUUUUAUAACAUUGUAAUUUAUAUAUUAUUUUAUAUAAUAUUUUGCAUUUAUAGAAUUUCAUAUACAGUAAAGAAAAAAGGAAGUAGGUUUGUUCUCUCACUUAUAUUUGGUUAUUUACAUUGAUGGGCAAGGUGAAGUAUGCCUUGAUGGCUGACUUGUUCAUCCCUAUAAACAUGCUUUGAACUUUUACACUACAAGAACAAUGAGUCCUCAUCUCUGUCAUUCUGCAUAUACAUCAACUAAUUUCCUAUAUUUUUCUAAACUUAAGAAUUAAAGGUACAGUUUUCUAA